UACUCAAUUCACUCAUCAAUGAUUUAAGGUCGAAUCUAGUUGACUACUUACAAUGGUUACAUUUACAAUAAUCGACACAAGGCCUAGGACUUGGCCCUACUCCUAGCCUACACCUAUGUAAGCCUAAGACAGCCUAUAUGUUACUAUUCUUUCUGACUAUCCUGUAUGUUCAUAGAAUUAGGGCUUCCAAGUAAAGUGAGAUGGAAUGAAAAAAUGGUUGGCGGGGAAUGAUCUUAGUUAAAUGUUCUAGGGCUGGGAUACUUAAAAUUUUUGCAGCAGCACUGCAUCCCCUGUAAUUUAAAAACAUCUCCUCCGCCCCCCCCCCCCCCCCCCCCCCCCCAAAUAAUUAAAUGAUUUAGUUUAGUUUUAUUGUUCUAUUUAACUUUCUAGAAAAAAGAAAAAAUUACCAAUAAAAGUAAUUUGUGAAUAAAAUUUACCUGGAAAAAUUGUUUACUGCUGCUAAUCAAAAUACAUAACUACUAUUUUUUUAAAAGGCAGCAACAACUAUAACUAGCUGUGGCAGAAGAUACAAUUUGUGGGUCUCCUGCACCUCAGGAUGCUUUCAAUCCUGGUUAAGAAUAACUGUUUCUCGGGAAAUGUUUCUGACACAGGUGCAGUUAUUUGAUAUCCAUGGGAGGUGAUUUUUUUUUAUAGGGUAAGUGGGUGCAGAGGUUUGUUAUGCCAUAUUUCAAAGCGUAUCUGGAAAUUUGAUCAAAAGAAAUUUUGUUGAUGGUAAAUUGAUCGAUGGAAAUUUGAUUGAACUGAAAUUUGGUUGAAUCUUUUUAUCAGUUGUUACGUUAAAAUUUUGCUUCAAAUUUCUUUUUGAACACAAUAUUUAUUUUACUAUAUAGCAUAGUGCGUUAAAUAUUUCUUGUUUACCUUUAUAUUGGAAUGCCAGCAUACCAAAUAACUGUGUUUUAAGAUAUUGAGAUAGCAUUUUUUUUUUUUAAAUUUACAAGGAACAACCGGCUGUAACAAGGUGGCAGAAUACAAACAACGUUAGUACAAAAGGAAGAAAAUCUGAAAUUUUGACAACAAUUAAUUGGAGGAAAAAGUCAUAUCUGUGGAAAAUACACUAAUGACUUUGGCCAAAAUCAUAAUGUAUGUCUUCGGAUGCGUAUUUUUCCUUUCGUAAGAAGAUAAAUUGAAGCUAACCAGUCCUUAUACUGACAUUAUACCCAGUUCACUUGAUACUUGGCUCCUCUACCUAAUGUGCCGUCGACCCAAUGUCUUGUUGCAUACUAUAACAGUGAUGAGAGUUCACAAGCGCCUAACAGGCAGCAGUGAAAGUUCUCACACAUUUUCUCAUUUUUGAAGUGUUCUCUUCAAAUUUUAUUCCUGGAUAGUUGGAUAUUUUUGGUUCUGAAAGUUUCUUGGACUGUUUAAAAGCUGAACUUUUUCAUUCAUAACACGCUCAAUCAGGUUGCAGUGAGUGAUUUCUUGGUAGGACUAUGUGAAACAAUUUUUUUCGGGCCAACAGGAGACAGAAUGAUCAAUAUUUGAUUUUGGGCCCUUAAUAUAUGGAAGAAGAAGAUGGCAUCAAGAAAAUUCUUUAUUUAAGACUAUACAGUAGCAAAUACUAGUUAACGUAAAUAAAGAAGAAGAAGUAUCUAUUCCCAACAGAUAUGACACCUUUUAGGACCCUUCUGGGAUUAUAGAAAAGUUUCACUGCGGCACACACCACAGCAAUGCUGCCAGCGUCAUGCACUAUUUGGUCAGGGUCGAGCCAUUUACAACUCUGCACAUAGAGAUUCAGAGUGGCAAGUAAAUGCAUAGAGUGGUUGCUGGGGGAGGGGGGUGGAGGGAGUUUAAAAUGCUGCACAUAGAGCAUUACAGUGUCAAGUAAGUGCAUAGAGAUACUGGUGGAUGCUGGGGUUGGAGAGCGGGGCAGGAGGCAGCCAAUUUAGUGCCCCCAUCCCUUGUUUUACUGACAUUGUUUAAAUAUGUUCAUGAAUUCACUGAGGCUACUUGUACAUUGGUUAACUGCACAGUACAUGUAUGUCACUUCCACUUGUACAUUGGUUAACUGCACAGUACAUGUAUGUCACUUCCAUUGGUACAUGAUCAUUUGUAUAAAAAGACAUUGCAUCUGAAUACCUUUCUGAAAUCCAAUAAGCUAUUACUAGAGUUGUGCACAAAAAUAUUGUCAUGAAGUCCAAAAGGAAUCUACAGGAAUCUUUAUGCUGAAGUUUUUCAGUAUGUGGAUAACCAAAUUUGUUUUUUAAAGAAAAGUUGAUCCUUCCUUUAUUAAAAGCUUAGACAAUACUUCCUUAGGAAUGGGUAAGAACAGGAUGUCUUAAAGAACAGGUUGCGUGAAAGAACAGGUUGUGUGAAAGAACAGGUUGUGUGAAAGAACAGGAUGUGUGAAAGAACAAAUUGUAUGAAAGAUCAGAAUGUGUGAAAGAACAGGAUGUGUGAAAGAACAGGUUGUCUGAAAGAACAGGAUAUGUGAAACAACAGGGUGUGUGAAAGAACAGGUUGUGUUAAAGAACAGGUUGUGUUAAAGAACAGGUUGUGCAAAAGAACAGGAUUUGUGAAAGCUUGAAUGAAAAUAAAGGAUUGUCUAAUCAAAAGAAAGUUUUGGCUGAAAUUCUUUAUCAACAGACAGCUUGUUAGACAAUGCACAUAAUCUUAUUUGAAGUUUCUUUUGUGUACAUCCCCUGUGUAAUGAUGCAACUUUUGUGUAAUUUGCAUGUACUAUGGUGCCACAAUCCCCAGGUUUGAUGUGGCCGACCAUCAGUUCCACUCAAUUCCAGGGAUCUUCUCCUCCCUGAUGGACAACCCAACUGAUGUCAAGGAACUACUUCCAGAGUUUUCUACUUCCCCGAGUUUCUUGUCAACUUCAUUGGUAAGACUUGCUGUAAAUGCCGCAGUGCAGUCUGCAACACUGCUAAGUAAAUCUUAAUGCAGUCUGCAACACUGCUAAGUAAAUCUUACUGCAGUCUGCAACACUGCCAAUACUGAGAUGCUCAUCUUUAAUUGCAAUACUUUAUUUUAAAGACCUUUGCUUUAAAUCAGUCACCAAAACCUGUAGACUUUCUAAUGUUGGAUCUAUGCCAGUGUUUCUGUUGACAUUUUAAUUUCAAUGUUUGACUAUCACAUUAAAAAACACACUUUUUCUUGGCUUAAUUCAUUGCAAGAUUACAAUUACAUCUGUAGAUGUGACAUUUUCUCAGUUACUAACAUAGCACAAAUCAAUUGUUUGUAUCAUGUCCAGGUUUUGAUCUUGGAAGACUUCAGAUCACCAAAACGUCUGUGGAUGAUGUCGAGUUGCCUCCCUGGUGCCAGCACACCUGAAAAGUUCAUUUAAUACCACAGACAGGCCCUGGUAAACAUGUCUUUUUUGCAACUACUUGUCUUUCUUUGGUUACAUGACAUGUUGUCAUGUAGGUCAGUCUGCCUCCUUGGACCAGCCACGUUUCAUGAGUUUAAUGCCAGGAUGUUUGACAGUACAGAUGUGACUGCACUGUUCAAACUGUUGGGUAGUUGAGAAUUGGGGUAGACCCCCACCCUGUUUUCCUCACCUGCCUGUGGCACCAUGAUAUGAAAUAAUUGUAAGUGGUUUAUAAACAUGGACAGACUUCUACUGUAUGAAAAGAUAUGACCCAUACCAAUAGGACUUCUUGCCCGUGGCACUAUGAUAUCAAAUAACUGUAAGUGGGUUAUAAACACUGACAGAAUUCUCCUGUAUGACAGAUAUGACCCCUACCAAUGGGACUUCUUGCCUGUGCACUGUACUGAAACUGUUAUUUAAGUAACAAUCUGUGAAGUUUCUAGACAUUGACACUAGAGGUGUUUUAUAUAAGUUUAAGCACAAAAACGUCAUUGAAUGUGUUUUAAAUUAUCCUUUUUUUGCUUCUAUGUGAAAAUGAUCCCAUGUGGUAAAGCAUGUGGUAAAAUGGAUAAUGUGCAGAUACAAUAGUUUCAAUAAUAAAUAGCCUUGAUUUUGACGGUAGACGCUAGUAAGAAGUACAUUGAAAUAAAUUUGACUUUUUUUUCUCUCAGGAAAGUGAGUAUGUAUCAGCCAAUCUACACAACUGGAUGGAUCUGAUAUUUGGAUACAAACAGAAAGGCCCUGCCGCAGUGGAGGGCCUCGACGUCUUCUAUUACGUUACAUAUGAAGGUACACAUGUCCUCUAUUACAAAUUAAUAAUGCAAAAUGCAAGUCAUCAAUUAUGAUGGCAGGUUGUCAUGUUUACUACUUCCCAGUAACAAAUUGUUUCAGAAACUAACUGUUAAAUAAAUAACACCAUCAAUGAGUACAUAACUGUUAAAUAAAAACCAUCUGUGGCAUGAGAUGUAGAAAAGAAAUGGGAAAUAUCAGCCAGGAGACAUACAGAUGAACAUCUUGAACAUGUGAAGACUGCUAAUGGGUUCGUGUGAAUGUGUGAAAAUGAAACUAAAGGACUAAAGUGUGUUGGGGGGUGGGGGUCGCAUUUGAUCAGGUGUUUGCUGAAUUCUUCAUCUGUGUGAUGUAUGAAUCAUCCAGGCAUGACUCAUAGACUAAAUCUCCACAUUAACUUUGUUUUAUUGAAAUCAUCAUUCUGUCAAGUCUAUUGAAAUCAUCAUUCUGUCUUAUGACUUGAAUCAUCAUCCUGUGACAUGACUUGAAUCACCAUUCUGUCACUUCAAUUAAAAUUAUCAUUCUGUCAUAUGACUUGAAUCAUCAUUCUGUCACAUCAAUAGAAAUCAUCAUUAUGUCACAUGACUUGAAUCAUCUUUCUGUCACAUGAAUUAAAAUCAUCAUUCUGUUAAAUUACAUUGAAUCAUUAUUUUCUCAUAAGACCAUGUAACAAUUUUUCAGGAGCUGUGGAUCUGGAUGCCAUCCAAGACCCGAAAGAGAGAUUGUCUGUUGAAGGCAUGA